GGUGUUCGAAGCUGGCCGGAAUGGCCAUGCUGGUGAUCUCGCUGUCGCUGUUGGCGACCACUCCCUCCGUCGACUGCGGCAGCGGUAUGACCGUAGAGGCGGCCGGCUGCGGGAUGGACGCGCAGGUGAUGGGUGUUCCCGAUGGCACGUCCUGGGAGGAUGGGUGCAGACGCUGCAAUGAGGCCCUCGCCUUGAAAGGAGUAUUCGAUCCGUGCGGUGGCUCUGGCUGGUGCGCCCUGCCGACCGAUCGGUUCGGCCGCACCACGUAUGGCGUCUGGCUUAAGGCGCACUCCGCUCCCUCGCCGCCGCCAUCGCCGCCGCCUCUGGCGCCAGAAGAGCCGCUCUCGCGCGACGCUCUCUACCUCGCCGCCGCCGCACUCGCCGCCGCCGCCGCCACCGCCGCUGCCCUCACCGCCUCAAGCGCACGCAAGAGCGCGGUGGGCUCCACAGCCAGCGCUCGCGACUUCUCAGACAGCACUCAGCUCAGCAAGCAACGUCUGGAAUCGGUCCGCUACGCGCAGGCGAGUGUGGACUAUGAAAAGCGCAAAGCCUAUACGAAACUUCCCAAGUGCAAGGUGACGCCACCACCACAGUCCGAUCUUGCUGUGGCCAAGGCUUGCGCGGCGAGGAAGCAGCAGAAGCGGGAUUGCGAGAAGGUGGAAAAUAUGAGCAACACGGACACCAACGCCUCUUCCGAUGCCGCGAGCGAGAUGCCCGGACCCUCGUCCGCGUGACGGGAAUGGAGGGAAAGAAGGUGCAUGCCAUGUCCAUGAGAGUGCCGACUCUACAUACUGUCGCAUGCCAUGCUAACGUUCGGGCGUCGCAGAGCGGUCCGGCGCCACAGGCCACACGCGUGCUGCGCGUGACCAUGUGCAUGUAGAGCGUAGACGAGAGAGAGAGAGCCGUGUUGCGGUUGUGCUCACCAUGUGUUCGUGUGCAGGUGUUGUGCUCAGUCUAGGCUCAAAUAGAGAUACAUGUCCGUUACAUGUUUUAUAAUUAAUGCGGUUC